ACUCCUCACGAUUAGUCUCCUAAUUCAGCAAGAGAGAGAUGGAUUUUAGAAAGACAGGAGGGGGCUAUGGAUCUGAAUUUGAAUAUGACAGUGAAACAGAAAGAAAAAAGAGAUCCCGACAAGAUCUUGCCACAAAACCGGAUCAGAGUAGAGUAACAGGCGGACUCCCCUCAAAGCGAUUGGCAGCAGCAGAAUAUGACAAACAAGAAAGUAUAAAUCAACUUUUCCAUUUCAAGUCCUUAGAUGCUUACAAUCGUCACAAACAGCUAGUGAACGAUUACCUGUUAUACUACCCUGGGGCUACUAAGGAUCUUUUCCAAAGAGAUGCGUCAAAAGAUAAGACUGACUUGGAUGUUAUCAGAGAGAACCAUCGCUUUUUAUGGGAUGGGGAAGAUGAGGGGCAAGAAGACUCCUGGGGAAAGAAACUAGCCAAGAAGUACUGGGACAAGCUGUUCAAAGAGUAUUGCAUAGCUGAUCUGAGUCGGUAUAAAGAAAAGAAGAUUGCCAUGAGAUGGCGAGUGCAGACGGAAGUUACAGAGGGCAAAGGUCACUUCACCUGUGGCAACAAGAAAUGCACAGAGCAGGAAGGGCUGAGGACAUGGGAGGUGAACUUUGCUUACAUGGAGCAUGGGGAGAAGAAGAAUGCCCUGAUCAAACUCAGACUAUGUGAGCGGUGCUCGUACAAGCUCAACUACCACAAACCGUGCAAGGAGGUCACCAAAACACCAUCAAACACAGAAUCCAAACAUAGGAAAGACAGAGACUCAAGGUCACCUUCUCCUAAGAGAAGCAAAAGCAAGCUCAAGGACAAACACAAGGACAAACAUGAAAACAAACAUAAGGAGAGUAAGCAUGAGAGACAUAGGAGCAAGCACCACAAGGAGAGAAGGCACAGGAAGAGGAGGACAUCGUCAGAGUCUGAAGAGAGUCUUAGCAAUGGAGAUGAUCAGGUUGAAAAGAAAAAGACCAAGCACAGAUCAAAAGAUGAAGGUGAAGGAAGUUCUGUAUCAGAGAGUGAGUUCUGGACCGGCCCUGCUCCUGUAACAGAAGAUAAAUCAAGAGAGGAUGAAUUUGAUGAUUACCUCAAGGAUAUGUUCUUAUGAGAGUAUGACAUGUUCACACGAAUGUCUUCUCAACGUUUCUUUGAUGAACACAUCUGGGCAUUUUAUGAAGAGGACAUAUGAAAUCACCCAAAGGAGGUGUUCAUACACAUACAAAUUUCUUCUCAGCAUUUGUCAGAUGGACGCAUCUCAACGUUGCAUUAAGAGAACAUGUAUGUAUGGACAUUAUUGGGCAUGUUCAUAUAAGAGAGAAUUCUGUUUCUAGUGAUCCAAAUGACGCGUCCAACCAUUGCAUCAAGAAUUCAAGAUAACAUGUUAUCAUUAAUGGGCAUGUUGGUAUGUACUCUUCUUCAACGUUUCUCAAGUGGAAAUGUCUAAAAGCAUUGCACAAAGAGAACAUGGGAACACUAAUGAAUGUGUGAACAACCUAUAUUAGCCAGUUCAUAUAAAUGAAGACUGGUAAGUUGGCCCAAAUGGUCACCUGUUUAAAUUGAGGUUGCUUGAAAUCAUGAUUCACAUUGGUUCCUUCAUCCUCAUGUUGUAUACAAAGAGUAAUAUAUAUGAAGAAAAUCUAUCCUGGUCUGUCAAAAAAAGAACUUGCUUGUUCGUAGAUGUACCAUGGGGCGAGGGAAGUUUCCACUUAACACAAUGGGGGUUCAGAAUACACCAUCUUCAAGUACAAGUUCUCUAAAAAAAAAAAUAUUUAAAACUUUUUCACCAUCUUCAUGGUUAAUAGUACAUGUAUUUUAACAUUAAAUAUACUGUAUGAAAUGUCAUUCUUUUGUUUCUCCUUCAUUUUGUUGUCCUGUAAUAGAUUGUCUUCUGUAUUGUUUGGUAUCAUUGUUUGGCAUAAUAAGUCAUAAAUAUAGACAUACCACAAACUUUCUACAAAAAUGUCUUGACACUAUUUAUAAGGACAGGAAAAUAGAUGUCCUAAAGUGAAACUUGGAAAUAUAAAAAUGUAAUUUGUGUGA